AUUUUAUUGGACCAUAGCAUAAAUAGUCAUAUUUUAGUUGCCUUGUGUAAAAUACAAGAUUACCAUUCUUUUCUGAAACCUAAUCUACAGACCAUCUUCUUCUCCAUUUCGUCUCUUCAAGAUUACCAAUAUACUCCGUACGAUUCUUCAUUGUAAUAGUUACAUUAAUUGUCCAAAAUGAGGAAACAGCCUAAUCAACCGUGCUUACAGGAUCAUGAGAGACUAGUUGAUAGGAUAAGCAGUUUACCAGAUCAUGUUUUGGCUAAAAUUCUUUCUUUGGUCCCGUUGGAAGAUGCCGGCAGAACCAGCAUCUUGUCUCCGAGAUGGAGGUACAUAUGGACCUCUGUGACGAACUUUGACUUUUUCUUUGCUGAUGAUAAGGUGGGCGGGCUGGAGAGAUUUGCGACUAUGGUGGACCACGUGCUUGCAAAAUGCAAUUCAAUGAAUGUGGACAGCUUUUCUUUGUUCUGUCCUGAAAUUAAGGACUUGUCUCGCGUCAACGAUUGGGUGUCUUCUGGGGUUAGACUCAAGCCGAAAAGCCUGGUGCUGAAGACAGGUUCUGGCAUUCUUGAUGAUUAUGGAUUGGUUUGCCUUCCACCAUACCCUAAGUGCACAAUCACUUACUGCUCGAUGGUAGCUCUGGAGCUGGAGUCGUGCUUUGACAUUGAGAUACCCGACUCGAUUGUUUCUUUCCCAUGCCUCAAAACUCUUACUUUCACUGGCUGGUUUCCUUAUCAUUGUCAUGUGAUGGACAAGCUCACCAGUAGCUGUCCAGUCCUGGAAAAACUACACCUUGAGGGGUUCCUUGAACCUAAUGCAGAUUUGAUGUUUGACAUUUCUAUUCCCACUCUGAAGGCUAUGCACUUGGAAUUCUUUACUGACGAGAGUGGUCUUCAUGAGCAUUAUAUCAUAAUCGAUGCCCCCAAACUUGAAGAUCUGUAUAUCGAUGAUCACACAGAAGCAUGCUAUUAUGGAAGAAACCUGGAUUCUUUGAUUAGUGUUCAUGUUGAUGUUGAUUAUGAGGGCUCUUUGGUGGGUGAUGCUAAUUUUGAACGACUCAAGCGAUUGCUUAUGCUUUUUGCCAGUGUUUCCAAAGCUAAGCGUUUAACAUUAUCAGCCGCUUCUUGUAGUAGUCUUAAAUCAGCAAUGGGUUGUCGUCCCUUUCCAACAUUUCCCUCUUUAGUGGACUUGGAUUUUGAGAGCCCUCAUCCCUAUGACCUGACCCUGCUAGCACAUUUUCUCCAGAACUCCCCGAAUUUAGAGCGUCUUUCUCUGCACAAGGUAUUUACAAGAGAUGUUGAGGAGCAAUCAAUUUGGAAUCCACUCAAGGACUUGCUUGAUUGUUUGAAGCUGAACCUAAAGCAAGUUGAGUUUCCGUGUUUCAGAGGACGCAAGGAUGAAUUUGAACUGGUAGAGUAUUUUUUGGGCAAUGCAGAAGCUUUGGAGAUGGUGUUAGUUACCACUUCCCCCGAUCCUUUUGAAGACGAAAUGGCUGAGAAAAUAGAGGCAUUUGAUAGAGCUUCACAGGCUUGCGAAGUUUACGUUGGUUAUAUAUAGGGAGGGAGAGGACUGAGGAGAACACUCUCUGGAAAAGAUAUGGAAGCACUUGUGGACAUGAACACCAAAGACAAGUGCAGGUUCAAGCAGGCUGCCAGUUAUGUAAAACAGCAUAAGAGAACCCUUUUCACUUGUUUAGAGACUGCCCAAAAGUACAAAUGUUGUGGACUAAGUAUGGGGAACCAUCUGCAGGUAAAGGAGGGACUUUUGUAGGUUGGCUCAAGGCUGUGUUCGGUGCUUGUUCUGAGGAGGAUGUUUGCAGAUAUGUUAAGAGAUGCAACUUGCAACCUCUUUUUGUAUAUAGUUGAGUAGCAAACAUAUUAGAAAUUGAUGAUUACAUAUUUUAAUGAUUAUCUUCAAACUCAAAGGUGGUUGAAUUAAAUUGUACUACGUAUUCAGCUUUGUAAUAUUAAUAUGUUUUUUAUUAUUCUAUUUUGUGUAAGAGAAAUUAUUAUACAAUACUAAUCGAAUUAAAUGCUA